UUCUCCUCUUCGUCUCCAGAGUUCCUCCUCCAUUUUUCUUUUCCAAGGGUUUGCGAUUGCGGUUCUGAAUCACUUGAUCGCGGUUUGCGAUUGCGGUAACGCUGCUUCCGAUCGGGUUUUGUGUUCUUGUAAUAUCGCGCACAUUUUUGCUGUCUAAGAUACAUUACAGGGAUGUGAUUUCAUUAUUUUUCUCUUUGCUAUGUGACGAUGGUAUGCGACGGGAUGUCAUUUAUGUGGAAAUUCCCAUUUUAUAAAGCUCCCCUUUUGCAUGAGAUGCGCUAUAUAGUUUUCCACCAUCCUUGUUAUUUAGAUCAACAAUUACUCUUCGUUGUAUGGAUUUCACGUUCCUGUUCUCUAAUGGAUUAUCUUUGCGGCGUAUAAUCGUAGAUAUCUUUUGUUAUUGCUUUUCCUCCCUGUUUUCGAAGGGUGUUGUUGUUCGACUGCGCCAUUACCUUCAAAGUUUACUUUUUAAGCCACAUCGAGACGUUUGUGUAAACCUAAGAUUUCUCUUAUGGUUACCAUUUUGUUCGAUAGGUUGUUUUGCGAGCUCAUUCACUGUAUUGUAUUGUAUUAUAUUCGCUAAGCUUUUGUUCCACAGAAGGAGCUGGAGGAGGACAAGAGUGAAUUAGGGCUUCUAGAAGGAUCUUGUUUCUUGAAAGAAGAUGGCGAGCCGGAAUACACACUGGUGUUAUGCGUGCAGGCAGUCAAUCUGCCCUCAAGGUCGCGACAUGAACUGUCCCUACUGUAACGAAGGCUUCAUUCAAGAACUAAAUGAGAUGGCAGCCAUCAUUCAUCCUUUCGACAUCUUAGAGCCGAGUCCUAAUGAGGAUCAGUUCCGUCGAUUCAGAAUCAUGGAAAUAAUGUCCGCCUUAGUGCGACACCGGAUGGCAGAAAAUCUCGGGCAGGGGUUUGAUAUUUCCACUAGACCGGGUUUGCUAUUUAGCGGCCAUCGGCCUGUUUGGAUGGCCGAGGAUAGAGGUUUCGACUCCUUUUUCGAACAAUUAACACGGAGCGACCGCGUGGGCCCACCGCCUGCUGUGCGGUCCUCGAUCGAUGCCAUGCCUGUAGUUAAGAUUACCCAAAGGGAUGUUCACGGCGAUUCGCAUUGUCCGGUUUGCAAAGACCGUUUCGAGCUGGGCUCCGACGCGCGGGAAAUGCCGUGCAAGCAUUUGUACCACUCCGACUGCAUUGUUCCGUGGUUGGUUCAGCAUAAUUCUUGCCCGGUCUGUCGGCAUCAGUUGCCAACGCGGGAUAGGGGAAGCGAAUUUGAUUCUACCAACGGCGAAAAUGAGGGAGAGAAUCGCCGCGGGCGAAGCCUCUUCUCCUCUCUAUGGCCUGUUCUCUCUUCAAGCGCGACGAAUUCAAGCACUCACCAGGACGAGGCAGCGGGAAGUGGUUCGGCCGAUGUCGGCGAGGACUUCGAGCAGAUUGGUUAUUCCGAGUGGUCGAAUGACUAUUAAGACACUUCUCUCAACAUAUAAUUCGCUGUCGAACUUUGUUCGCGUCGUCGAUGGUCAACUUCAUGAAAUUCCUGUGUAUAGAGAUAUUUAAAGGAUCUGUUUUUUAGCCUUCUCUUAUUUCUUCUUGUGGUUGUAUAAAAUGUCGUUUCUCUAACAGUUCGAGCUUUUAGAGAAUCAGUUGUUUCAUUUCAAUUAUACAAUCUAUGCUUUUCUUUUUUUUUUUCUC